AUGUUUGAUUACGGUACUCCAGAGGGAUGCUCCAAUAAACGACUGGAAAAAGCAUUAGAGCGAACAGUCAAGUUUUCGAGAGAAUUGUUGCGCAGCGAUUCUUUUGAGGGUUCAGCAGCAUUAAUUGCAUUAUGUGGUGGACAUAGCCCAUCCCAUCAUGAGCGCUGUGCAUCUGCGAUUGGUUCACUUCCAAAAGGCUGUGGUUUUGUUUUGGAUCUAAUGCAAUUUGCGAAACGUCUUCGUGUGCUUCCAAAAAAAACGAAAGUAAAAAAAGUAUCGAAAAUGGGUUCUAUUGACACGAAUGUUCAAUUAAAGUCUUCUCACUGUGAAGUAUUGGAAAAUAUUAGUUCUUUGGAUGUGGUUAUUACAGAAAGUGAAUUUGAUAAGAAUGUUAUCAAAGAUUUGCUAGCUGGCGUGUGGCCUCACAUAUCGCCUUCUCACUUACGUCUAGUUAACGGAGCAUUUUCACCAACAGAAGUUGUUGCUUUAGCGCAUCUUGGUGUAGAUUUAUUCGACUCAUCUUAUGCUAUAUUUCUUGCUGAACAGGGAAAAGCAUUUGUUUGUGGUGAAAAUUUUCCAGAAGAGGCGACUUUCAGCGUGUUCGAUUUCACUGAUACAUUGUAUACAGAAGAUUUUAGGCCUAUUUGCAAAAGUUGCAAAUGUUACACUUGUAGACAUUACACAAGGAGUUAUUUGCGACAUUUAACAAAUACAGUGGAGUUGCUAGGUCCAAUGCUGCUCGUAAUACAUAACAUACAAGAAUAUGAACGGAUGUUCGCCUUGCUAAGGGAGAAUUUAUCUAGGAAUUCAAAUGCUAAAACUUUUAUGUGCCAGAAACGACAAACUGAAAAAAACAGUUGGAGGAAGGAAACGAUGAGAGAUUUGCGUUUGGAUAAGCGAUUCGAUUGGGUUGGACCGCCGGAUGACAUUUCGAAAAUAAGACCUGUAAGAUUGCGUCGAUUAAGUAAUGAAACAGAGCAGGAAAGAAAAUACCGUGAAGCACGUGAAGCGUUGAUUCAAUGGAGCUCACAAUUUUGGACACAUCAUAAUAUUUUGUUUGAAAAGAAAAAAGCAGAAUUUGUUGAACAGAGGAAGAAAAAUCUUGGGAGAUUAGAGCAUUCAAAUGCUCUUGAUAUGUCUGAAUUCUACAAACAGUUUCUCGACGAACAAUAUAAUAAUCUCACGAAUUACAACAGAGAAUGGUAUUAUAGAAACAUCAAGCUCUUUUGGCCUGCAUUCAAAGUACAGCUUAUCAGAUUUCGACGAACGUUGCACAAAUUCUUGCGUAAAUGA